AUUGCAAUUCAUUGUGGGUAGAGAAUAGAUAGGAAAUCAGGUUUCCUAUAAAUGAGCCCUCGUCCUCGUCUUCACGAAUUCCUCGACCUGCCCUGCAAUUCUCUCUCACAUGGGGAAUCAAUGGAAGCACGCUUUCGUUUUUCAUCUAUUCAUCUUCUUUUUUCUUCUAACUGGAGUUCAACUGGUUCAAAGUUCAUCCCAUCAUCAUCACCACCGACUUCUGUCCAAGCUUUUCGUGUUUGGUGACUCUUAUGCUGACACCGGGAAUAAUCAGAAGUCUACAUCUAGGUCAUGGAAGGUACCUUACGGGACAACUUUUCCCGGUGAACCAGCUGGCCGUUUCUCCGACGGCCGGGUUCUGACGGAUUACGUAGCUUCUUUUCUUGGAAUCGAGACUCCAGUAGCAUACAGAUGGAGGGAAGUGGAGGCAGACCGAAUGAGAUAUGGGAUAAAUUUUGCGUUUGGAGGGACUGGUGUGUUUGAUACGGUGGUUCCUCCUGAUCCAAACGUCACCAUGACCAAGCAAAUCGACUUCUUUCAACAGCUCAUCGACGAUGGAGUGUACAGCAAGAGUGAUCUGGACUCAUCCGUUGCUCUUAUAUCACUUGCUGGAAACGAUUAUACCACUUAUGUUGCCAUGAAUGGCAGCGCAGAGGGUUUCUCGACCUUCACUGCAUCCGUCAUUAAUCAGCUGGCUAUAAAUCUGAAACGCAUUCACGGCAUGGGAGUGAAGAAAUUUGCAGUUAUAGCUAUUCCGCCUUUUGGAUGUCUUCCUCAAGCCACAAUCUUGUCUUCUUAUCAACAAUGUAAUGAAACCAUCAACAAGAUAUCUAUCUACCACAAUCUCUUUUUACAAGAAGCUGUGGACAAGUUGAAUAACGAGAACAAGGGAUCCACAUUCAUUAUUCUUGAUCUCUAUAAUGCAUUCAUCUCCACAUUUAAAAGACAGAAAGAUCAUCCAGGAAGCAUGGAGUUUGGUAAUCCAUUGAAGCCAUGCUGCGAGUCUAUAAAUAGCAAAUACUUGUGUGGACAGACAGAUGAAAAUGGUGUGCCCAUGUAUACAGCCUGUGAAAAUCCUAAAUCUGCAUUCUUUUGGGACGAGGUGCACCUUUCACAGGAGGGUUGUCUUGCAGUCUAUUCACUUUUGGAAGAUUCUUUACACCAACUCUACCUCUGAUAUAUUAUAUCUAUCUAUAUAUAGAGUGUUGUUUCUUGCUGUAUCCAAAUUAAGCAUUUACAUGUAGUCUGUUGAACCACAGUUUUAUCCAUUACUCUAUUAAUUGAAUCAGAUCUGUUUUCAUAUUAAAAGAAUGAUGCUCUUGGAUCUUGUUCAAAAUACCAGUAAAAUAUAAACAUGGGAGUGUUAUGGUUUUCUC